AUGAUUCGAGAUUUCAUUGAACUUCCGUGGCUUUCGAAGCCAUGUCAAAGACAAUGGCCAAUAAUAAGAGAAUCUUGUUUGAGAACUUGGGGGUGGAGAUACCGUCACAUGUUAGUUGGUGUUACAGUUUUUAUUGUGUUAGCAGAACACGGAGGUUCUCACAGUCUGAUUGGCGAAGCAAAACACGAGCACAAAGUGAGUUUUAAUGGCUUUCCGGAGUCGCCCCCGCUUCAGAUCUCAUGA